AUGUGUGCAUUUGACCACAGGUAUGACAUUGCUUUGAUCAAACUCACUGAACACAUCACCUUAAGUGACCACAUUAAGCUGGCCUGCCUCCAUUCUGCACAAAGCAUCCUGUCGUCUAACACUGCCUGCUAUGUGACAGAAUGGGAAAGACUGCAGAGAAAUGGAGCUCUUCCAGAUGACCUGCAGCAAGGUCUUUUGCUGGUGGUGGAUUAUGCAACUUGUUCCAAGCCUAGCUGGUGGAGAAGCACAGUGAAACCCACCAUAGCUCGCACGGGUAGGGAUGGAGUCACCUGCAGUUGUAAUGGGGACUCUGGUGGCCCAGUGAACUGCCAAAGUGCUGAUGGCAGGUGGGAAGUACAUGGUACCAUCAGCUUUGGCUCUGCUUUUGACUGCAGCUAUUAUCACAAGCCUUCUGUCUUCACUUGGGUCUCUGGUUAUAACAGCUGGAUCGAGCAGGUUAUGGCAACCAACUAA